AUGGAUAAUAUGUAUCUUAAUGGGCAAAAUAUGAAAGAGCAAUAAUCUAAAAAAGAAAUGGACAGUUAUCAUGAAGAUUAGUUUAAUUAAAAUAAUUUAUAAUUAAUAUGUUCUUAAUCAAUACCUCUUGAAUCUGAAAAAUAAAACAAAUACACUUUUUCUGAUAUUGUAAAGUAUUGUAUUGUAGGAGCGAUGAUAGGAGCUUUAAUUCAAGAAAUAUUUUACUUGCUAAUCAAAUAAAAAUUUGAGUUAGUAAUAUUAGGACCUGUAGUAGGAAGUUUUGCUCCUUUAAUAGUGAUGGCUUUGAAACACUAUUAUUAGAAUUAACAAUAAAAUAGGCUAAGUGAUUAUGAAAAAUUAGUUGGAAUUAAUUACUUCAAAGAAGUAAAUGGAAGAGAUUACACAAAAGAAGAGUUUGAUAAAAAGUUUAAUAGGUCUCUCUUAUUUGAAGAUCCUAAUAAAUAACCAACUAAGGCUUUGGCGCAGAAUGCACUUUUAAGAUAAACUAAAUUAAAAUAAGCAAAAGUGAUGGUUUAUAAGAAGUAUGGCUGGGAAGAGUGA